CUGACCGCUGCAUAUUCGCCAUUCGUUAAAACCCCGUUUAUAUCACGGUGCGUCGUGACAUUAACGUAAUAAAAAUCACUUGUGCGUGAAGACGCCGACUAGAGACUUAGUUUAUAUUAAAGUAUUUUUACUAGAGUUGGUAUUGGCUCCAAUAUGGCGGCACCCGUUGCUGUGCUCUCCUCAAACUGACCAGUCAUUUUGGACAGAGACGAUGUUACUAACAGCUCCCCGCUUGCCCAAAGUGCUGCAGCUCACCCUGGCGGUAAUCAAACCAGAUGCUGUGGCUCAUCCGGUCAUGUUAGAGGCUCUUCACCAGAUAAUCCUGGGCAAUAAUUUUGUAGUUGUUAAAUGCAAAGAUCUUGUGUGGAGGAGACAGGACUCCGAGAAGUUUUAUGCUGAACAUUCAGGGCGAUUCUUCUACCAAAGACUUGUUGAAUUCAUGUCAAGUGGUCCGAUGCGAGCGUACGUUCUAGCCAGAGAGGACGCCAUACGCCACUGGAGAGAGCUGAUGGGACCGACCAAGGUGUUCCAAGCCAGAUACACCUCGCCUGCUUCCAUCAGGGCUCAGUUUGGACUCACGGACACGCGAAACACAACUCACGGCUCGGAUUCCGUUGAGUCGGCACAAAGAGAAAUCCGGUUCUUCUUCCCGGACUUCUGCGCAGAGGAGUGGAUGGAGAAGGAGGAGCCAUCGUUUAGAUCAGGACGAAUGCAGUACGACCAUCAAAAACAGAUUCACACACUUUCAACCCCGAGCUGACCCCAGAACUGCCGCUACAGUCUCUGAUCCCCAGAGGGGCACUCAGACCAUAAUGCGAGCUCCCAGACAGGAUGCCACAGUGUGACAUGCUCUAUAGAUAUAAUGUCUCAUGUUUGAUGAUCCCGGAAUAGUGCAUGUUAUUUAUUUGUCACCACAGUUCCUCAAAGUGCCAAUUUGUUCAUACCAUGUUUUUUGUCAGAAAAACCGAUGUUUCCUUCAACAUGGAAAUAUACUAUGAAGUAAUUUAAAAGAAGGACCAUCAAUGUUUUUAUUUUGUAUUUAUUGUCAUUAGAAAACACGAACGACUGGAUAAGAAAAUGUAACACUGUAUUGUACAAAACGACACCACGUAGAAAGACAAUGGUUUACAUUGUCAUCACAAACUCCCUCCCAGGCGUCAAUCGUCACAAUCAAUUUCAGUUUCCUGAGCCAUUUAGAUUGUAGCACAGCAGCAACGACAUUGGUACGUAUCGAUGUCAAAGAGCAAAAAAAUAUACGUGUAGCUGGUGGACAUUCGAUAACGUGGAAAUAAUACUGCAAUAAUAGCUUUUCACACGGAUAUUUAUCCCCAAAAACAUUGUAAAAGAGCAACGAGAAGGCUUUUUUUAGAUUUUACGUGUCAAUAAAUUAUUUCCUGUCUUCA